AUGUACUCUCGUGCACUUUUAAGAGGGCGAUCAAGUGCACGAGAAAGGUCACUUUAUAUAGGGAGUGGUCAGUUAUCGCCCCCAUAUCACUUCACGCCCAAGGGGCUCCGAUCGCCCAGGUGUGAUGCCCACUCCUCUGAGGCUAUCCGCUUCUUCCUUGCCCUCGCCCGCCGAGGUGAGCUCGGGCGCGUGCUCGGCCCGGUGAGCGGAGGCCUGCGUGGCUCCAGCCACUCGGACGACCAGCAGACGCUGCGCGGAGUUGCCGAUGCUCUGAUGAACCAGUGGGACUUGUACAUCGGGGGCGUGGCGCACAGCAUCGUCGAGCUGGAGGCCUACGUGCACUCCACGGCACACCCCGACCCGUACACCCACGGGGAGGAGGGCCAGGGCUCCUGCGGUGCGUGGUACUUCCACCGGCAGGGGCGCAGCUUCAAGGGGGGAAGCUUCAAGGGGCUGGACCUCGCCUGUGGCUGCGCCCGCUCGGGCGUGUUCGCGGGGCUGCUGCUGCGCGCGGUGUCUGCCGGCCCUGGCAAGCUCGUGGAGGGGCCGAGCCUGGUGGUGGACCACAUCCUGCCAACACCCGAUCAACGGCAAGGGCAGCGUCGCGGACUUCGUGGCCUGUCGAUCCGCCGCCGCGCUCCGCGCCUGCAGCACCGAGGGCCUGCGCUUGGCGCUGGCGAAGCCCCCCCGCGGCGACAGGGUCCUGUGCGCGCCGCGGGUCGGCCUCGUGCUGCGCGCGGAGGGGGCCGGCGCCACGCACUCGGCGGGCAGUCCGGCGGACUUCUGCGCGAGGGCCUACCCUUCUCGACCGCACCCGCGCGGCUCGGCAAGUGGCGCUGCGGCUUCGCCGCGGCGGCGCGCCUGCAGGGGGACGCGGAGGCCUUGGGCGAGCUGGGCCUUCCGGCGGCGAGGCUCGCCGCGUACCUGGGCGCGGUGGACAGGGGUUUGGCGCACGGGGACCCCGCGGCGUUCGUGGACAAGAAAGCUGGGCACCCAGGCCGAGCUCUGUGA